CUCUGUUUGCCAAACAAAUAUCUCGCCGCUUCUCUCCAGAAACAGGAAACGAAACAACGUUAGUUUCUGUUUGCAAAACAUCGCCUGACUCGCACGAGGAGGGUCAGUGUGUAAAUUCUCCCAUCACGUUAGUAAGGAACAUGGUGAGAACCCUGAAGAAUCUGUCUGAUCUGAGAGAGACCGGUUUCGGUCGGCCUUCUCCGAGACACGGUCUGAAGCUGUUGUGGUGGUUCGCUCAUGAUUGUGUUCAGAUUGACUCUAACGGUCGUAUGACUGCACUGUGCAACCCUGAAUAUGGAGAUUUUGGUUUCCACCGAUUCUAUAAUGGUGAUGGACUUCUUCCUUACUUUGGAAAAUACUACGAGGUGGGCAACCUGAACACCCCUGGCUCACUGCCUGGUUAUGUGACCGAGCAUCACACCGGAUAUUCAGACGACAGCAACACAGAUCGCAUCAUCGUUUCUUUUAACUCAAGUUGCAACCGACUGGAGAAGAUUUAUGUGACGCAGCACUCAGAUGAGGUGAAUUUUGACCAGAAUCGCACGUACAACAUUAGCCUUGACCUCCUGAAGGACAUUCAAGAAUUAAGACUGAAAGAAUUCCUCAGAGAAUCUGUGAAUGAUUCUUCUCAGAUUUCUUACAAAAUGCAAUGCAGACACACACCGUUUCCAUCUCCAGCUCAGUCUGCAAAGAGUGAACCCUACCAGAGCCAAACAGUCGAGUCUAUUAAGGAUGUCUGUGCAAAAUGCUGCAAAAUGCUGUUUUAUAUGUUUUUGUUCAUUUGUGUUGUUUUCUUGAUUUUAAUAGCAAAAAUAUGAUUUUCAUGCUGUUUGCUUUGCAUUUCGAGAGCUUUAUUGCACAGUAUGCUCUACGUUAAUGUAAUCAUAUAAUGUUGAGCUUUGCUUUUUGUCACUAGACAAAUAUUAAAACAUUAUCUUUUAAAAAAAAACAGAUAUAAGCCAUGAUAUAUGUAAUAAACUAUAAACUGCAUUGUUGAUAACAGUUAUGAAUACUGUAUAAAAUAAAUACUUAAUAUGAAACCUAAAUAUGAGGACACUAGAGCUUGAUAUGAGCUUGAUAUUGUCUGUCAUGUCUGCUCUAAUGUGUUUCGGCAAGUUUUGCUUUCCAUAAUGUUAAUUUCUGUUAAUCAAAACAGAAACACACACACACUUACCUGUAGGACAACUAGUGUGUGUUACUAUAGUGAGUUCAGUGACAUCAUCAAACGUGUGUGUGUUUGUUUUAUUGACCUUUAUGGAAGUACAGCCCUUCAUUUUACUGCAAUAAUCCUAGAAAAUCAGGGCCCAUAUUUACAAAACAUUUUAUCUUACCACUAAGAGUUCUCCUAGAUAGCAGUAAAAGUUUUUAGCUAAGAGAUUUUACAUACAGUUGAUGCUCCUGUAUGCAUGUGUCAUAUAGAUGACACGAUACAAAAAUAUUUGUUUUCCAUUUGAACUGAUUGAUUUGAAAAUAUACAUUUCACCCUCACUUUGACCAAAAGUGAGCAGCAUUCAUCUGUCCUGCUUCAUGCUCCACACAGACACUUCACUAGCACGCACUUCUUUGGGUUAACAUUAGCUUUUUCUCGCUGGGUUUAAAGCAACACCUAUUCAUACAAUACAGUAUGAAAUGUAAGUCAUCUCCAUUCAUAAACUCAUCCUAAAGGCCAAGCAUCGAUUAGAACUUCUACGAGAGGCUAAAGACGGACCCAGUUUUGCUUUACAAGUAUACAGAGGGCAUUAGAGAUUCUGUUUGGAGGUCUCUGCCGUGUCAAGUGUAGUGCUGCUAAUUUUGCCUGAUUUUGAGUGGCAGAGGACAAUCACAGAGGAAACGGUGAAGAGAAAUUUCUACUUCGACAAUUGUUUUAAAUCAGUACCAAGAGAGGAGGCCGCCAUUAAACUUACUUCCAGACUCCAGAAACUGAUCACCUGUGUUCAAUCUUUAGAUUUCCCAAGUGGUUAAGUAAUUCUAAGGAAGUGAUGAAAUUAAUUACCGCUGGUGAAUGGACAAAACUGUUACGUGGGUUACCUUGACCAAGAGGAUAUGCCAUUUGAACGAACACUGGACGUCCUUUGGGAUGCAGAACAACAUUGUCUCACAUUUGCUGAGUCAGUGGACAAGCACUACCAGUUCCAUCUAUGAUCCUUUAGGAUUUGCAAGCCUUUUUAUGCUCAAAGCUAAAGCAAUCUUUCAGGAGUUGUGCCACAUUAAAGUCGACUGGGAAUAGGAGCCACUGGUAACAGUGCUUCUGUAAACUCCUGUAACUCACACACAUCAGCGCUAGAUCACUAUGACUUUAGUUCUGCUGAUUUUGUUGGCUUCAAUGUGUCUGUCAUUAUCCAGAUAUACCAUCAUUUAAUACCUGCCAGUACUAAAUAAAACAC